GAUUUCCAAAUGCUGCUGUGAUUGUUUUCCUGUUGUUAUUUGAGCAUUUCCGAUUUGUUCUUUCCGAUCUGUAGGUUGAUGUCCGCUUUGAACACGGAAGAAAGCCUACCCGUACCCACAAAGGUGAAUCAUCCUAAAAUUCUACCAAAAUGAACCACACAAUCACCACGAUGGAUGUGAAUUAUACGCUAGCUGACAACAGUCCGUCAGCUCGUUUUUUGAGCAACAUUUCAAUCGAUCAUUCAAACACAACGGCAGUUUCCAGCAUGGACAACAUGACGGUAUUUCCGAGCACCGAGGACCCGAUGAGCGCCUCCCUGCAAACCUACGCCGACAGAGUCGUGGUAGCCGUCUUCAUAUUCCUGAUCUCACUGACCAACAUCACCGGUAACAGCCUGGUCGUCCUUGCCGUGGUGUUCAGCAAGAAGCUCCGGACGUCAACUAAUGUCUUCGUGGUCAGCCUCAGCGUGGCGGACCUGCUGGCCGGCCUAGCGGCACCCAUGAGCAGCGUGGGGUUGCUCAGUGCCGGGGAUGAGUGGCCGUGGUCUACCGAGGUUCCCUGCUCGAUAGCCGGCCUGCUUCUCUACAUCAGCUCCGCUGCCAGUCUCUUCAACUUGGCCUCAAUCGCUCUGAAUAGACUGAUCCUCAUCAAGCACCCCAUGACUCUCUAUCGUAGCAUCUACACCAGGCGCAACUUGGUCAUCAACGUGGCCGUCAACUGGCUUGUCCCCAUCUGCGCCAUGUCCCUGCCACCCCUGUUCGGCAUCGGCGGCUGGGGCUAUGACGAGCAGCAUCACUCCUGCAGCGACCUGGACACCCACCCGAAGGCCAAGACCUUCGAGAUGAUCCAGACCAUCGUCUCCUACCCGAUCCCUCUCGUCAUCAUCGUGACCAGCUACAUCAUGAUCUUCGUGCACGUCCGGCGACACUUCAAGAAACAGAAGGCCAUGCACUCUGGCAUCAGUGAUACCGCUCCCACAGGUGCCACAUCGAGCUCCAAUAGUUCCUUUGUGGUGGUAGAGGAUGCCACUGCGGCCAAGUCUGCCCACAUGGAUCGCAUCAACCGCCAGCAGCUCCAGAUCACCAAGAAUCUCUUCAUGGCCGUCUGUGCCUUCUUCGUCUGCAUCACUCCUUACUGCGUGGCGCUCUUCAUCCCCAACAACGAUCGCUUCUUGCUCUUCGGCGGCCUCUUGUUCUUCUGCAACAGCAUCGUCAACCCGAUCAUCUACGGAGCCAAGCAUCCACAGUUCAAGAAAGUGAUGCGACGCCUGAUAAAAUGCCAGUACUCGCAGAUUGAGGAGCCAUCUAACGCGCUAAAAGCUCUGAUGGCGCACAGCAAGAGGUCAGUGGGGAAGCCCACUUAAACCUAAAGAACAACAUAGAUUGAAAAUAAUCUCUAAUUCAUUUAGACUUUUAUGAGGAAGAGAGAAAACUAGAAGCAGCGCACACUAUAGACCUAAGACCUAAUGACGUAACGGCUUUGGUUACAUAAUGCGCUUUCCUAUGGGAGCGAAGUCGGGAAGCUAGACGAAGUAGGGACCGUCUACCACAUAGAAAAGCGCACAUGUAAACAAAGCGUGACGUCAUUAGGUCUCAGGCCUAUUAGUUACUGCCUGUAUAGUACUCGGCAGUACUCGGUACUCGGAAAAAAGUACUCGACUACAACACUGUCGAAGCGUCAUCUGCAACAUCACCCGAAAUUGUAAAGUAAACUAUUUUAAAAUGACUCAGACUUUGUCCAUUGUUUUGAUGAACUUCAUUCGAGUGAUCUCCUCUAUUUCAUGUUUAGUCGCAGCUAGCAGUGGUGAAAUUGCCAGGGGAGGCAUGGGGGCCAUUAUUUUUUGUUUUAAACAAUAAAAAAAUCCUUCACUUUUGUCCGAUUUCUGGUGGGCGCAAAGGCCUUGAGCGGGGCGGGUAGGGGGCGUGGCUCUCACACCCUCUUGUAAAUUAUUUAAAGCUAGGCAUUUUCGAAGGGUCUGACAAUCUUCUUUAUACCAAUCAAUACAUCUGCAGUUACACGGACAAAAAUAGAAAUUACUGGUCGCUAAAUUUUUCAGUGCAAUUGAAUACAUAUUGCUUGUCAUUAUGUAUGUUAGGAAGUUCGAAAAAUACCUAGAAAUCCGCAUUUUAUGUUUCUCAUCACCAAAAAGUGGGGGGGGGGGAUAA